AUGAAGAGUAAGGCGGAUGAGGAAGACUACUGGAACAGCUCCAAGUUCAGAGCCUUCACCUUCGAUGAUGAAGAUGACGAGUUCAGCAGGAUGCUUCGCAAACACAGACGGAAGCCCCCAGAAGACUUCCCCAGAGGUUUCAACCCUGUGCGGCUGUGUGUGAAGGCGUCUGCCGGAGCCAAAAUGGCCGCCUCGGAGCACUGGGACGACUACAGCGUUUACGGCCAGCUGUCAGACGAGGAGCUUCUGCAGAUCGCUGUGGAGAGAAAACCGCGCCCCCCCGCCUGCUCCCAACCCCCCCGCCCCCCCCCAGCAAAUCCCUCCAGCCCCACCCCCCAACCCCCAACACUGUCUCAACCCCCCCACCGCGCUCUACCGCCCCCUAAAGAGGUCAUCCUCCGGGAUGGGGACUGUUCGGGCCUCGGGCUCCUCCUGAUGGUGCUGUGCCUCAGAGAGCUGAGUCCUGUGGAGUCGGCGGUGGUGAGCGGAGACGCGGCGGCCCUGGCGGUGCUGGUGGGCCGGCGGGGGGGCCGGCUCAGCGAGCCCAACGCCGACGGCUGGCUGGCCCUGCACGAGGCCGCCUACUACGGCCAGCUGCCGUGCAUGAGGGUCCUCCUCAGAGCUGACCCCGGAUCAGUGAACAAAUGCACCCGGAGGAACGAAACCCCUCUGCUGCUCGCUGCUUUUCGAGGAAAUGUGUCCUGUGUGGAAUUCCUGCUGAGUCAUGGCGCUAACGUGCACAUCGCCAACACGGCCAGAGAAACGCCGCUGUACGCAGCCUGUGAGUGUCCCAGUGAAGACGUGGUGAGCCUGCUGCUGCGGGCUGGCGCCCAGGUGAACCGCGCCUGUAACCAGGGGGGAACCGCCCUGCACGAGGCCUGCCGAUACGGCAGCGUGGCGCUCUGCAGGAUGCUGCUGGAGGCCGGGGCAGAUCUCAGGGCUCCCAACGUCUACAGCAUCCAGCCCUUCUUCACCGCCGCGCAGCAUGGGAGCGCAGAAGUUCUGCGCCUGCUAGCUCAGAGAGGGGCAGAUAUAAAUGCACCGGCCGGAGACGGAGCCACACCGCUGUAUGAAAGCAGUAAGAACGGGCACGUUUCCGCCGUGCAGGAGCUGCUCUCUCUGAAAGCCGACGCCAACCGAGCCACCGAGUCCGGCCUGCUGCCUCUGCACAUAGCGGUCAAAAACAACCACACAAGCGUCAUGUCGCUGCUCAUCCCGGUCACCAGCCAGAUCCGCGUCCGCAGGUGUGGCAUCAGCCCCCUGCACAUCGCCGCUGAGCGGAACCGCCACGAAAUGAUGGAAAUGCUGAUUGAGUCUGGUUUUGACGUGAACGCCCGGCUGUCGACCGAACGCUCCAAAAUGUACGAGGACCGGCGCAGCACGGCCCUCUACUUCUGCGUCUACAACGGGAACAUGGACAUGGCCGAACUGCUGCUGGAGGCGGGAGCCGACCCCAACCUGGACACCUUCAACGCGCUGCUGAUCGCGGUGCGGCGCGGCUGGGUGGAGAUGGCCGCGCUGCUGGUGAGGCACGGCGCCGACGUCAACGCGCAGAUAUCCACGCAGCCCUGCGUGUUCCCCGCAGCCAUUCUGCUCAACAUGGAGUGCCUGCCCAUGCUGAAGCUGCUGCUGGACCACGGCUUCAUCUCGCUGCUGCUGGACUACGUUGGUCAUGUCAGGCUCUGCUCUCGGCUGCUGGAGAUCCUGGAGAGCCGCUAUGACUGGACACCCAUCAAACUGAAAACCUACUCCUGGACGGACUCCCACUUCCUGUCAGGCUCAUCCGCUUCCUGCGCUACGACGUCCACCGUCUACUGCCCUGAAGCCAGCGUCUCAGACGAGUCCUUUUUGAAGACAUUUGAUGGGACGGUCAGCCGGUUCAUGACAGGCUCUGGGAAGAGGAUGGUGGCAUAUCGCAGACCUGAUGGAGGUUUGGUCCAUGUCGCCCAAGAACCUGAAGAGGAGGAGGAGCCUCUGUUCAGAGCCAUCCGUGAAGGUGAUGCUCGCAAAGUGAGAGAGUUGGCGAUGGGUCCUGGAGAAAACCUGAUGCUGCCCAGUAAACCUGGAUGGCUCGCUGUCCACCAGGCUGCCUGGUUUGGCAAGGACACCUGUUUGCGAAUGCUCCUGGCAGUACGAGGUAAAGCUACCAUUUGUGUUGCAGCUCAGCCUGGGAUGGUCAACAAGAGGACGGCGCGUGGUGAAACCCCGCUGAUGGUCGCUGCCACCGGAGACAAUCUGGAGUGUGUUCAGGUGCUGCUGGAAAAUGGAGCUGAGCCAGAUAUCCCAAGUUAUGAUAAAGAAACUCCCCUCUAUAAAGGUAAGAUGAAUUACCGGAACGCAUCACUCCUUCAGGCCUGCGAAAAGAGUAACGCUGCUGUGGUGGCAGCACUGCUGAAUCAUGGGGCGGAGGUGAAUACCCGCUGCCUUCAGGGCUGGACAGCUCUCCAGGAAGCAGUGCUUCGAAACAACGUGGAGAUCUGUGAGAUGCUGCUGAAGGCUGGGGCCAAAUAUAACCUGAGCAACAUGUAUGGCAUCACCCCGCUGUUCACAGCAGCUCAGAGUGGGCAAGCCCGGGUGCGGCGCACUGGCAUCAGCCCGCUGCACCUGGCCGCGGAGCGUAACCGUGACGACGUCCUGGAGAUGCUGAUUGAGGCGGGUUUUGACGUGAACGCUCAGCUAUCAGAGGAGCGCUCCCGGCUCUACGAGGACCGCCGCAGCACCGUGCUGUACUUCUCCGUCUACAACAACAACGUGGAAGCGGUGCGCAGUCUGCUGGCGGCGGGCGCCGACCCCAACCUGGACGUGUUCCGGCCCCUGAUGGUGGCCGCCCGGCUGGGCUGCACCCGCACCGUCUCCCUGCUGGUGGAGCACGGCGCCGACAUCAACGCCUCCAUCCCCACCCACCCCACCACCUUCCCCGCGGUGUACAUGUUCUCCAUGAAAUACCUGCCUCUGUUCAAAUACCUGCUGGAUCAGGGGGGCGACGCGCUCUCCUGCUUCGACUGUGUGUACGGCGGCCAGCUCCAUCCGCCCAUAAAAACCUCCCGAUCAGGAAGAAACGACGGGGACCGAACGCCAGAGGCACCGCUGAGAGGUGUCCAGUUCUGUGAGAUGAUAUCCGUCUCCAGUAUCUCUCGGUGGGCGGGGCCAAUCAUCGACGUCCUACUGGAUUAUGUUGGUCACGUGACUCUCUGCUCCAGGCUGAAGGAACACCUGGACAGUUAUUCUGAAUGGAACACCAUCAAGGAAAAAGCAGCUCCCCCGCGGCCGCUGAUGCAACUCUGCAGACUUCAGAUUCUUCGGCUGGUUAGACGUCGGCAGGUGAAGAGGUUACCACUUCCUGGAGGUCUGAUCCGCUUCCUUCAACACCAGCAGAUGUCUUUGGAUGACUAUUGA